AGAUCUUUAAAAUUUUACUUCAACCCGCUCUGCCUUGCACCUGUCCGUAAAAGGACCAACCCGCCCCGCCUGAAGCGAAACCCACCCGCUCCACAUCCGCCCCGCGCCCGUUUAAAAACUCUUUAUAAGAGGGAUUUACAAAAUCCAGAAACUUUUUUAGAGUAUAAAUAUGUUGAGCUAAGUCUAAUCGAAGCCCAUAUUAGGGCUUGAAACUCAAAAUCAAUAAUUCAUCGCUGGCUGUAAGAAUCUCAGAAAAAUGUCAUUCAUCGAAGAAUUUCAAGCCAAUAUCGAAGCUCUUCCGAACCAUUUGCGGAGGAAGUAUGCGUUGCUGCGUGAUUUGGAUAAAAGUCUGCAAGGAGUCCAGACCCAAAAUGAACAAUGUUGUGACAAAGAAAUAGAGGAUAUGAUACAACGUAUUAAGGCUGGUAAUGUGACACCAGACUCUUCACUAAUCAAAUUCUCUGAUGAUGCAUUGGAUGAGCAAAAGCAUGCAAUCAGGAUUGCUGAUGAAAAAGUUGCACUUGCUUCUCAGGCAUAUGAUCUGGUAGAUGCUCAUAUUCAGCAGCUUGAUCAGUACUUGAAAAAGUUUGACGAAGAUCUCCGGAGAGAAAGGGAUACUGCUGUUGUUACUGGAGCUCCUGCUACCACUGUUGAAAAUAACGUCAAAUCUGGAAGGUCUGGUGAGGGUAAGGGAGGGCGUAAAAAAACACGUCUUGCUACAGCAGCUGCAGCUACAGCCACUGCAGCAACACCAAGUGGAAUGGACUUGGAUCUGCCUGUUGAUCCAAACGAACCAACAUACUGUUUCUGCAAUCAAGUUAGCUAUGGUGAAAUGGUUGCUUGCGACAAUCCUAAUUGCAAAAUAGAGUGGUUCCACUACGGCUGUGUUGGCCUCAAAGAACAGCCGAAGGGGAAAUGGUUUUGCGCGGAUUGUGCAGGAACGCAAAAGAAGCGGAAAGGAAAGUGAUAGAAAUAGAAGAAAAUCACCCAGUAUACUGAUUUUAGACGUUUUAGCAAUGGGAUAAAUUUAUAUUGAUACUGUAAUUUUGUUAUGUGUUGGCUGUUUUCUUGACAAUGCUUAUGUCUAUUGUUCGACUCUUCUGGUAAAAACCUUUUCUGAGUCCAUUACUCAAAUGGUCAUUCAACUAUUCGAAAUUA